GAAAACGACAAGGAAGACAACAGCUCACUAGAACAACGCCAUUUCAUGUCUUUAUUGCUGGAACCAAGAAGUCUAAACAUCUUAACAGAGGACAUGUAUACAAAAUAUCUUCAUGGUAUUGCUGAACGUAACGUUGAUCUCCUAGAUGGUAAAGUUAUUAACCUGGAUUCAUGUUUUAAUGUUCCAGAGAACAAGAGAUUGCUGCGUGACACUCGCGUCUCCCUUACAAUACGCUACGUACCAAAAGUCUUGAAUGUUAAACUAAGAUUUGGGAAAAAAUAA